CUCCGACCAAUAGCGGCUGAAAAAUCCAGCCCUCACGUAUCUAACGGACCAAUCAGAGCUGUAGUAGGCGGGACUACCGUGGGCCUGGCGUUCCGGUUUGGUUGCAGAGGAAAACGUCCCUCCGCGGAGUGAAGUGGCUCUGAGCUGAGUUCAGGGCACUUCAGGACGGAUACCACAUCCUACCACACCUCUGCUUCGAGCUGCCUCUUCGACUGUUGGAUACCAGCGGGAACUAUUUGGGAGCAGCCUGAAUUUUUACUUGAUAAUAAUCUUUCAAACGGAAUGGAUUUAGAGAAGACCUAAUCAGGAUUUGGUUUGCUGUGUGCGUUGUUGUUAAAAGCGUUGCUGGUGGAGUUUGCCAACUUUUUGAGGAGGUCACGUUGAAUCUUUCGGGAAGAGGGAACUAACUUGACGCUGAAAUGGAUCAAGCCAGCGGCGGGGAGGACCCGAACAAACCAUCUAAAAAGAAAUCCAGCGAGGAUGAUAGUAAAAACAAAAAGCUGAAUAUACAUAUAAAAACAUUGGCUGAUGAUAUGCGUGAUCGUAUCACCAGUUUCAGGAAAGCCGGGAUGAAGAAGGAGAAGCCGUUUAUCCAGCACCCAACAGAUCCCUUCACUGCCCAGGCUGAACUUCCUGUCCCUCAGCCACUCUUCGACGACCGCUCCAUGAAUCUCUCCGAAAAGGAGAUCAUUGACCUCUUUGAGAAGAUGAUGGAGGACAUGAACCUGAACGAGGACCGCAAAGCCCCUCUGCGUGGAAAAGACUUGAGCACCAAACGCGAGAUGGUCGUCCAGUACAUCUCAGCCACUGCCAAAUCUAUAACUGGGAGCAAAGUUGCGGGUGGACUGAGGAAUAGCAAGCACGAGUGUACCCUUUCAUCGCAAGAAUACGUCCAUGAGUUGCGUUCUGGCAUCACGGAGGAAAAACUGCUCAACUGCCUGGAGUCCCUUAGAGUGUCUCUCACGAGUAAUCCUGUCAGUUGGGUUAAUAACUUCGGUCAUGAGGGUCUCGGUCUUCUUCUGGAUGCUUUGGAGAAGCUGCUGGACAAGAAACAGCAAGAGAACAUUGACAAAAGGAACCAGCAUAAACUCAUCCAGUGCUUGAAGGCUUUUAUGAACAAUAAGUAUGGAUUGCAAAGGAUCCUGGGUGAUGAGCGCAGCCUGUUGCUGCUGGCACGAGCAAUUGACCCCAAACAGACCAGCAUGAUGACAGAGAUUGUGAAAAUUCUAUCCGCCUUCUGUAUUAUUGGAGAGGAGAACAUCCUGGAUAAGAUUCUAGCUGCCAUGACAAUUGCUGCAGAGAGGAACAAUAAAGAGAGAUUUGCUCCAAUUGUUGAAGGACUGGAGAACCACGAAGCCCAGCAGCUCCAGGUCGCUUGCAUGCAGCUGAUCAACGCUUUAGUCACCUCCCCCGAUGAUCUCGACUUCCGGAUACAUCUACGGAACGAGUUCUUGCGAUGUGGCCUCAAAAAGACCCUGCCUGAGCUGAAAGAGACAGAGGAGCUGGACAUCCAGCUGAAGGUGUUCAAUGAGAACAAGGAGGAGGACUCGAUUGAACUCUCUCACCGCCUGGAUGACAUCCGCGCCGAGAUGGACGAUAUGAAUGAAGUGUACCAUCUCCUGUCCAAUAUGGUGAAAGACACUGGCUCCGAGACGUACUUCCUGUCCAUCCUUCAGCACCUAUUGCUCAUCAGGAAUGACUAUUACAUCAGGCCGCAGUACUACAAGGUGAUAGAAGAGUGCGUGUCUCAGGUGGUCUUGCAUCGCAGUGGGAUGGAUCCUGACUUUGGCUACAGUAAAAGACUAGACGUGGACUUCACCCAUCUGAUUGAUCAGUGCGUGGAUAAAUCCAAAGUUGAGGAGAGCGAGGAGAAAGCCGCAGAGUACUCCAAAAAGUUUGAUGAGGAGUUCAGCGCUCGGCAGGAGGCCCAGGCUGAGUCUCAGAAGAAGGACGAGAGAAUCAAAGAGUUGGAGGGGAAGAUCCAGGCCCUGGAGUCUCAGAUUGCAGCAGGUCCACCUGCGUCGGGAGCACCGAACGGGCCACCCCUGCCAGGAGGUUCAGCGGCUCCGCCUCCACCUCCGCCUCCUCCUCCCCCACCCCCACCCGGUGGUGGUCCUCCUCCACCUCCUCCCCCCCCUCCUCUCCCUGGCCAUGCUUGCAUUCCACCACCUCCACCGCCACCUCUUCCAGGCGGAGGACCGCCGCCUCCUCCACCACCGCCAGGUUGUGGGCCCCCACCUCCUCCUCCGUUCUUCGGGGGCCCAGGUGGGCCUCCGCCACCUCCAGCAUUACCUGUUGUCAAGCUGCCUUAUGGGCUGGAGCCCAAGAAGACCUAUAAGCCCGACACUGUGAUGAAGCGGGUCAACUGGUCCAAGAUAGUGCCUCAGGAAAUGUCAGAGAAUUGCUUCUGGAUCAAAGUCAAAGAAGAGAAGUUUGAGAAUCCUGACCUAUUUGCUGAGCUCUCCGUCUGCUUCUCCUCGCAGAGCAAAGUAAAGAGAGACGUGAAAGAUGACCCCGAAGACAAAGUACCACAGUUCAAGAAAAAGGCAAAAGAGCUGCGCAUCUUGGAUCCUAAGACGGCACAGAAUCUCUCAAUUUUCUUGGGCUCGUUCCGCCUGCCUUAUGAAGAGAUCCGAGACAUUGUGCUGGAGGUGGACGAGGAAAGACUGAGCGAGUCACUCAUCCAGAACCUGAUAAAGAACCUGCCAGAGCAGAAACAGCUGAACGCACUCGCGGAACUAAAGGGUGAAUAUGAAGAGCUGGUCGAGUCGGAGCAGUUUGGCAUCGUGAUGAGUUCAGUGAAGCUCCUCCGAUCACGUCUCAAUGGCAUUUUGUUCAAGCUGACGUUUGAGGAGCAGGUGAACAACAUCCGGCCGGACAUCAUGAACGUGACGUUCGCUUGUGAGGAGGUGAAGAAGAGCGAGAGCUUCAGCAGAUUCCUGGAGUUGGUGUUGCUGGUCGGCAAUUACAUGAAUGCCGGUUCAAGGAAUGCCCAGACAUUUGGUUUCAACCUGGGUUUCCUCGUCAAGUUGCGAGACACUAAAUCCAUCAGUCAUAGUACAACGCUUCUCCAUUUCCUGGCUGAGAAGUGUGAAGAGUGUCACCCAACGGUGUUAAGUUUUCCAGAUGAACUGGAACAUGUGGAGGAUGCAAGCAAAGUAUCAGCUGAAAUCUUAAAAAGCAGUUUGUCAACCAUGGAACGUCACAUCCAGAGGCUUGAGAAUGACAUCGAGAACUUCCCCAAGAGAGAUGACCCGCACGAUAAGUUUGUCGAAAAGCUGUCGGGCUUCUGCAAGCAUGCCCGGGAGCAGUAUGAGAAACUUUCCACCAUGCAUAAGAACAUGCAGAAGCUCUACGAGAGCAUAGGCAGCUUCUUUGCCUUUGACCCCCACUCGGUGAGCCUGGAGGAUUUCUUUGGAGAGCUGGCCAACUUCCGCAUGCUUUUCAUGGAAGCGGUGAAGGAAAACCACAAGAAGAGAGAGAUGGAGGAGAAGAUCAAGAGAGCCAAGCUGGCGAAGGAGAAAGCAGAGCGCGAGAAGCAGGAGCGCCAGCAGAAGAAGAAGCAGCUGAUUGACAUGAACAAAGAGGGGGAUGAAACCGGUGUGAUGGAUAGCCUAAUGGAAGCUCUACAGUCCGGAGCAGCCUUCCGCGAUCGGCGAAAACGGACUCCGCGCAAUGGUGAUCAAAGCCCUUCCAGUCCAUCCUCUCGGUGGCCAGGUGCUGCCUAUGGUAACCGAACCCUAGACCGCCGCGCAGUCCUGGAAAGGUCUCGCUCACGCCACAACGCAAAUUACCAAGCUCGAUGAUCACCCGCGCCUACCACAGGACGCUAGAUAAGUGCCAAAGAGGCCUGCGAGGUGGAGACCCAGAAGACAUCUGAGGGAGGAACAGACCACCCCUCACUGUGGCACACACACACACACACACACACACACAUUCAUACGUACACUUGCAGCACCAAGGGACAUAAAAAGCCUAAAUGAAGCAUAGAACUGAAGGAUCUACAGUCUAUCACAUAGACAUUCUGUGAAAAGGCCAUAAAUCUGAUUCCCUCACUGAAAAUGUUCAUGACCUAAAAGGGUUUGAUUCAUAAAUGAGAACAAUGUCACACCGCGAGUGACACACAGGUAUUUUUCAAGUCAGCACGUGAAAGAGUCCACAAACCACGCAAGAGGUUCCCACGGGUUUGACAAUGCCCGGAUAUUGCAACAUUUUUAAUAUUAACAUAUUCCAAUCUGUGUAUUAUCUUCUUUUCUUUUUUUUUUUUGUUUAAUAUGAAAGCUUUAAAAAGCAAUCCACAAACUAUCUUUAUGAAAACUUUUUUUUUGUGCUCCACGUCGAAUUUUCACAGCAGAUUUUCAAUAUUUUCCAUCCCCCUUGAGGGUUUUUCAGAACAAUACUAAAAUAAGCUUCAUAGGGGAAAAUGAAACCUUUUUUUUUUUUUUUUUUCAAUAAGAUAUAAUCUCCACAAAGAAACAUGUUUGCGAGACCGCUGUUUCAUCUACUGGAUUAUCAGUGUUUGGUACAUUCAUCUUAAAAUGUGGAAUAACUUCCGUGGAUCCAUAGGCAUUCAAUUUAUUAAUUAUUUCAAAACCCUUUGGGGGAGGAAAAAGCACUGAAAAUCUACCCGGAGACAAACACUAAAGCUUUUCUGUUAACUGGUGGGACAUUUCACAGUGGCUCUCACAAACAUCUUCCACCUGAUGACACAAUGUUCGGGCAUUUGUGAAACAAAUAAGUUGAAAUUGGGCUUUAAGGAUUUUGUUCCUCUGUCACGAUUUCCUCACACGAGCUAUUUAUUCAUAUAUUCAUGCUGAGGGGCGGCCCUGUCCCCUUACUGCCCUUAACUGUAAGCAGAUGCUACUAAAAAAAAAGAGCCGGCGAAUCCACAAGGAGAGAAAUCGACUGAGGAGGGGCGAGGGGGGAGGGGGGGGCGACAGCGGACAAAAUGAUCCUUGUCUCAACAAGUGAGUCUCCAAACGCCCUCCAAUUCUCUCGCACUAAUGGCGUAAGUGACCCUUUUACCAUAACACACGUUACUUUUAGUGCUACCAUAACUCUGCUUCAGGCUUUGUGUGCGCGUGUGUGUGUGUAAUCGGAACAGGAGCUUCAGAAUAAGAAACAGGAUUAAAAUCUGCCAGUGCUGCUUGUGAUGUGUGUGAGUUUCACGACCCCCGCCACCCCUUUCCUCAGCGCGCAUGCUUCUGAAAAAAUAAAAAUAAAAAAAAAAUGCAAUUUUGCUCAUCUCGACUCAAGGUGCAUACACAAUGCUCGGAGAAAUCUGCAUGUUUAAGAGGACAAUAUUGCUCGGGAUAGAAGGUGCGAGCAGUUGCAGAGAAUGAGGAUUCUGCACAGAUACACGGUGACGUACACAGCAGACACAGAUGUCCUUCUUCCAGUCACCCUUUGUCCUCUGUGUCAACGCGCCUGUACGCCCUUCGAGUAUUCAGUUUUAUAUCAGUUCUCAGUGGACACCAGUGACUCUGGUGAUAUUUGGUGUUUUUGCCAUGUUAUGACUUGGAUAUUGUGCCACAGUGGCCAGUGGCUUAACAACUGCAGGUGUUUCUUUCAAUGUUUAAACAACUUAAGAUUUGUUUAUUUUAUAACCCCCACAUGUGCCACUUGUGUUCUUUGUUUUUGUUUUGUUUGUUUUAGGGAAAACACCACGCCAUGACAGGAAAAUCCAUGUUUUAUUCUGGAUAUUAAAGGGAGUACAUGGUGCUCUAAAACAACAACAAUAAUAAUAAUAAUAACAAUGAUUAAAAAAAAAAAAAAAAAUGUUGUACAGACAAAACAAACUUUAUUUAAUUUUAGGCCUCGUUUCAUAAUCAUCUUAACAGUGUUGUGAUUAUAAAAUGAUAAAAAAUGUCCUGUGGUUGUUUUUUUCCAUCUAAAACACUCAAACAUCUUUUGUAAGGUGUAAUUUAUUUUUUAAAGUUUUAAAUAUGACGUGUAAUUACUACAUUUUAGAAGAAAUAAGGAAUUAGCCAUUGUAGAAGUUUGUGCAUUUUUGCCACAGCAGCAUCAACCAUUUAUUUUUUUUUAUUUGUUUUCUGAUUAGUGCAACAUGAAAAUGGAUAAUGUUGGUUUUGCCAUUCUAUAGACAAAAUGGCCGGGGACCAGAAGCUGAAUAUGUAUUAUUACCUGUUUUCUUAUGAUAAGCAGCUAUAGCUCAGUAAAUGUCAACUUAAAGAGAAACUUCUACAAUGACGACAUUCAUCCUCAGCCAUGUAAGUGAUUGUUAUGUUUUUCCCCGUCGUCUUUUUAGGAAAAAUCAGAAAUGUGUGUUUUUAUAGGAAAUAGCAGGUGAGUUUAGUGUCGGCCCCCCCCCCUCCGUUUGUGCCUGGGCCGAGCAUCCCCUAUUUGUGUCGUAGCUUGUGACUAACAACCCGAGGUUAGGACUUGUGUGCUCAUGGUGAUUGUAAUACUGUGGAGGCAGGGUUAUGUAAUACAUUAAAAAAGAAGAAGAAGAAGAAGAAGAAUUAUCAAAAACUGUAAAGGUGCUAUUUUGUUUGUGACUGGCGGCGAGCGCCUCCGAAUCCAACUAACACACGCUGAAUGUGCACUUUACCUCACGCGAUAUCCUGCUCAGGCAGAGGAAGAAGAACUGUUUGAGAUGUCUGACAUUGCCACUAACAGAGUGAACUAUUUGCAAAGUAUUGCUUCUGGUAAAUAGUUCCCAGCUGCCACAUAUCCAGUUCUUCCCCAGUUUGUUAGUGCUUGUUAUUGAUUUACGGGAGACAAACUACGGCUGAGUCAACACACGCCGCUCGCUGUUGACCAAACUCUGUCCGACCGUGACGUGGAAGCUGCCGUGUCCCUUGCCUACCUUUCCGUGUUUUCAUUGAGUGUGUUUUUCGUGUCUUAAGAAACAUUUAUAUUUGUAACAUUUUUAAGUUUAUUUGUAUCCUUAAGAACAUGACAAGGAAAUGGCAACGCACACUGUUCUUUCAUGGAUUAUGAUACUAAAUAAUAACCCCCAUUUGUGAUAUAAACUUAUUUCUGAAAGA